AUGGAUCAAAGAAACGGCGCAGUUGUCUUGGCUUCGCUGGAAACCACCGAAGAAUCAAGGAAAGCAUUCAUAAAGCCAAAGAAGCCGGCGCAACCUUAUGUGUUGGACCCUAGCUUGAAAUCUCAGGUCAUGGUGUGCUGUCUGGAUCACUUCCUGGAGAAUGAGGUUUGCGAAAACUCAUGGGACUCGCUGUAUUCCAUUUUGACUGAUCAAACACUCCACGUUAUCGUCAUCGACCUUGGCCUCUCUAUCUUUCACCAGGGUUGCAGAUAUAACUUAAGGGCCCCUAUUUGA